AUGGAGGGGCGGGUUCCGCCUGCCGGAGGUGAUGAAACCGAUGACAAUCCUCUCGUGGGACUACCGCGACAGCCACCGCCGCCUCCGCUUGCCUUCCACUCCGAAACCUACGUAAUUCAAGUCCCUAAAGACCAAAUUUAUCGUAUUCCGCCUCCUGAGAACGCCCUUAUCGCCGAACGCCUCUGCAAACCAGGGAAGAAAAACAAGAAGUCACGACGUUGCUCCUUCUGCUUAUUAUUAACUGGGGUCAUCCUUGUUGUUCUUGCUCUAAUUGGGAUUGCCAUAGCAACAUUGUACUUUGUGUUUAACCCUAAAGGUCCAUCAUUCUCUGUUGUGCAAGCCCUAGUCAAGAACCCUAAGUCUUCUUCCACUCAUAAACAUUCCCAGCCUGGUUACGAAAUUUCCUUAAGGGUCAAGAAUCGGAAUGAAUUUAUGGGAAUUUAUUACAGAAGCGGCGGGGUUGCCACAUUAUCUUUCAAGGGCAAAAAGAUUGCUAAGGGAAAAUUUCCAAGGUCGUACCAGGACAUGAAGAAAUCUACAAAGAUUAAGGUUGUCCUAAAAGGAUCAAACACAACGUUGCCUCGCCAAAUCGACAAGAGUGUGAAAGACAAGAAAUCUAAGCUACCGAUCUUUUUAGCUCUAAAUGUGAAAUUUCAGGUGAAGAUGAAACUUGGUACCAUUAAGACGUGGAUUAUUGAUACCGACGUUGCAUGUAAAUUUAAGGUGAGAAAAUUGGGGAUGGGUACGAAGAUCUUAUGGCAAAAAUGUCAGACAGAAUUCGAGUCCUAG